GCGCGCGCAGGUCUGUGUUGUGCGCGCGCCCGCCGCCCGUGCUGCUCCCCCGGAGCGCUCUGCCCUCGGGGUCGCGGCACCCGUCCCUCUCUGGUUUUGCUGUAGCCUAGCACACCGAGGCCCGGGAGCCGGGCUGGGGCAGGGACGGGAGCCGCGGGACAGCGCCUGGAGCAGGUGCCCUGGCAGAGUCAUGGAGCUGAGCACCAAAAAGAAACUUCACGCCCUGUCCCUGGCUGAGAAAAUCCAAGUGCUAGAACUCCUGGAUGAGUCCAAGAUGUCCCAAUCAGAGGUGGCCCGGCGCUUCCAGGUCUCCCAGCCCCAGAUCUCACGUAUCUGCAAGAAUAAGGAGAAGCUCCUGGCAGACUGGUGUAGUGGCACAGCCAACCAUGAGCGCAAGCGGAAGCGUGAAUCCAAAUACAGUGGGAUUGAUGAGGCUCUACUCUGCUGGUACCACAUUGCCCGAGCCAAGGCUUGGGAUGUCACGGGGCCCAUGCUGCUCCACAAGGCCAAGGAGCUGGCCGAUAUCAUGGGCCAGGAUUUUGUGCCCAGCAUUGGUUGGCUGGUCCGCUGGAAACGCCGCAACAAUGUGGGCUUUGGGGCUCGCCAGGUCCUUGUUCCUCUGUUCCCUCCGGAACCACCUCUCCCAGGGCUUCCGUCCCAGGCCCAGCCACCACUUUCCCUUAAAGACUUCUCACCAGAAGAUGUUUUUGGCUGUGCCGAAGUGCCCUUGUUGUACCGGGCAGUGCCUGGCAAAGUGUUUGCAUGUGAUCGCUUGCAGGUACUGCUGUGUGCCAACAGCAGAGGCACAGAAAAGCGAAGGGUAUUUGUGGGUGGGCUCCAGGCUGUCCCAAGAUGCUUCUUUGGAGUCAACAGUGAGGCACUACCUGCCUCUUAUCACCCUGAUCUAGCCAUCCCCUGGUCAGAGUGGCUGGCACAGUUUGACCAGGACAUGGGACAGCAGGGCCGACAGGUAGCCUUGCUGCUGGCUGCCGGAGUAUUGGAGGAAUGGGCCAACCUUCCUGGACUCCACCAUGUGCGACUCUUGCCUCUCUCAACCUCCAGCACCUCCCCUUCCCUGCCUGGCUCUGUGGUUUUGGCUUUUAAGGCCCAUUACCGUCACCGUCUGAUGAGCAAACUGGCUGCCAUGCGGAGCGGGAGAGAGGGCACCUCACUGACUGAAGCGAGGGCCAGCCUCACAGUGUUAGAUGCUCUGCAUAUGGUGGCAGCGGCUUGGGCCAAGGUGCCACCUCAGCUUAUUUUGAGCAGCUUCAUUCAGGAAGGGCUCACUCCAGGCAAAACACUGCCGUCUCUGGACAAAGUCACAGAGAUGUCUCUGCUCCCUAGCGGACUGAGUCAAGAGGAGUUUGUGGACCUGGAGGAUGAGGACCCAGGCCCUGGGGUGUGCAAAGAGGAGACUGGUACUGAAGACAGUGGGAGGGAGGAUGAGGGCUUUGAGUCCCUGCCCACUAAAGCUGAUGCCCUCAGGGCACUGUGCACCUUGAGGAGGUGGCUCGAAUGUAACAGCACCUCUCCAGAGCUCUUUGAAAAAUUUUACGACUGUGAGGUGGAGGUGGAGCAGCUCUGCUGUCUGUGAGGAAGCAUGGUGGCCUGCGGAAUUGCCCUCUCCUGUUUCCCAUGGAAACGCCUCUCCAGAGGCAAACUGGCUCUUUCCUGUGGAAAUAACAUGUGGAGGGUGUAGAAGGGAAGGGAGCGGGGACACAGAGUCGAAGGUCAGCGUAAAAGUCAUUCAAGCCCAGACCCUAGAGUCUCUACAGAUGGAGCCUCAAAAGUGGGGAUCUGGGCUGUGGAGAUUCUAGGCGAGCCCUGCAGAGGAUUAGUCUAGAAAGGCUGGAAGU